CUCGGUCUUGGAUUAUACGCUAGUAAACGAGCCUAUACCCCAAGCAAACAAAGUCUAGGACAUGGUCUCCCGUUGCCUCCAGGACCAAAAUCACUCCCCAUCCUUGGCAAUGCUCUUGAUAUGCCCAACAAGCGUGAAUGGGAGACAUUCACAAAAUGGGCAGACGAAUACGGUGAUAUUGUCCAUAUCAAGGUGUUUGGACGUGAUAUUAUCUACAUUAGCUCUGCCAAAGUUGCGAGCGACCUGUUUGAGAAAAGAUCUGCUAUUUAUUCCGACAGGCCACGUUUGCCUUUACUUGCAGAGCUGAUGGACUUUGAGUGGAACUUCGGGUUCAUGCAUUAUGGAGACGAAUGGCGAAAGAAUAGACGAAUGUUUGUGAGCAAGUUCGGUCCGACGAAGGUUCAUACUUUCAAUCCAGUCCAAGAACGUGCUUCUGGUCUUCUGCUGGGACGACUUUUGGAGACCCCCGAGGACUUCAUUGACCACCUCCGUCUUCAUGCUGGUCAAUUGAUAAUGAUGUCCGUUUACGGUAUAUUUGUCGACUCAAGGCAGCACCCGUAUAUAACGACCGCUCAAGCAGUGAUGGACUCCGUUUCCGAUGCGGCACGUUCUGGUGCAUAUCUCGUUGAUGCGUUCCCAAUACUGAAAAGAUUACCAACAUGGCUACCUGGCACACAUUACCAACGCAUUGCACGUAGAUGGGCUUCCGAUGUACGAAAGCUCAGGUAUAUUCCUUUCCUUGCGAGCAAGACUAAAUUGGAAGAUGGUGCACCGCCCUAUCCAACCUUUGUUGCUGAUAUGCUAGAGGAGUACGGUUACGAUGAAAAUAACGCUGAGAAUAUGAUCCGGGACUGUGCAGCUCUCGCGUAUGGAGCGGGGUCGGACACGUCUGUCUCCACUUUAUCGGCAUUUAUCCUCGCAAUGGUUCUUUACCCGGACGUUCAAAGGAGAGGUCAAGACGAGUUGAAGGCUGUCAUUGGUUCGUCUAGACUCCCCACGUUCGCUGACCGAAAGGAUCUACCAUAUAUCAUGGCAAUUGCGAAGGAGACGAUUCGCUGGCACACAGUUGCUCCACAGGCUCUUCCACAUGUUCUCAGAGAAGAUGAUGUCUACAAUGGUUAUUAUCUUCCAGCGGGGUCUAUUGUUAUUGGAAAUACAUGGAAAAUUGCGCAUGACCCUACAGUCUAUCCAGAUCCAAUGAACUUCAAGCCAGAACGCUACUUCAAUUCAGAGGGUGAACUCGACUACGCCUCCAUAGAUCCAGCAAAGUUUGCAUUUGGUUACGGCAGAAGAAUCUGUGCAGGAUACCAUUACGCUGAGAACACGCUGUGGAUUACAAUCGCUUUCAUUUUGCAGGUUUUCAGUAUUACAAAUGCAAAAGACAAGGCCGGUAAUCCUAUCCCUGUUACUCUAAACGCUUCCUCGGGUGUCAUAUCCCAUCCCGAGCCAUUCCCGUGUUCGAUUAUGCCACGCUCUACAGAAGCGGAGACCAUAAUUCGCCGAGCCGCUGCCAAUGCCAAUUUUGCAUAAGUAACCUCGCUUGUAUCUGGUGUCUCUUGCACGGCUUCCUACGAAUGUCCGAUUGAUAAGGCCUCAUUUAAUGUCAUGUCCUAGCACUGGCGUACCUAGCUAUACAUAAAUAUGAAUGGA